AUGACACGCAAAUUCACUUUGUUCAGUGUCCUCCUUCGUCCGUCAAGGUACAUACGACUCUUGGCCCUUUCUUUACUCCUUAUCACAGUAUCAUGGCCUUUCGCAAUCAAAUUACCUGUAAUUCGCUCUCAUAAAGGGAAUAUCGAGAAGGACUAUCCUUUAAUUAAUCAACAUAUCCAUUCGUCCAAUGGCACAGGAGGUGGAAUGCGUUCCCUGAUCCAAGAAUUUGAGAACGACUUCCUUGAUACCUAUGACUCAAUCUUGACACCAGUCGAGCGAAGCGACGUCUUUCGCAUUCUAGUAUGCAAGAACUUUGGCGGGAUAUAUGGCGAUCUCGACACCGAGCUCAUACGGCAUCCAGCUUCCUGGAUCGGCCCAUCGGAUACAGCAACCUGGACAGACGACGAAACGGGAAGUGAUUACGGAUAUCACAACGAUUCGGCAAUGCUAGACAACGAAACAAGAGUAGUCAAUCUUCUUUGGGGCUUGGAAGCUGAUAAUGACCCUAAUUCAGACGCUUACUGGCGUCAAAGUUACACAUACCCUCAACAACUAUCGCAAUGGGCAUUCGCAGCUGCCCCUCAUCACCCUGUAGUUACACGAUAUAUGGAGAAUCUGCGCAGCUAUACAAAAGACAACGAGACAGCGGCUAUGAACAGUGACCCACUCAAGCGAACCGGCCCUGCAGCUGUAACUCUUGCUACAAAAUCUUGGCUGGAGGACCAUGUGGGAUUUCGAUGGACCAGCUUGACAGGAGUAAAGGAUGGGGGCAGACCCAAGUUGGUUAAUGACGUCCUUGUCCUUCCUAUAACUGCCUUUCAUCCAAGUCACGGAAGUCGUACUGGAAUAAUGGGUAGGAAACCUAUGACAGAUCCCGAUGCAAGGUUAUGUCAUCAUGGCACAGGAUCGUGGAAACAUUUUGAUUUGUCCGGGGAAUAUGGAAAGAUUUGUCGAAGGCUUUUUGGUCUUUGUAGGGACUGGCCAAGAGUAACAGGAUAA